AAAUUUCCAAAUAAAGAUGGUGGAUGUGUGUGCGGUGUGUGGAUGAAUUCCGAGAUGGCGCUGUGAAUAACUUGACAGUUAUUAAUUGAUUCUAACCUGGGAUAGAUACAAAAUAAUCAUUUAAUUUUCUCAUUUAUUAAUUAAACAUGUUUAUUCGACGUCUUUUGAUUGCACCAAACAGGCAGCUAGUGAAGCACUUCUCAGCUAACAUAGCAAGUCCCGAACAAGUUAAAAAUGCCACAGCAAAUGUGACUAAAACCGAUAAUAAUAUCGAUGUACACGCAAAACCAACAAUUCCACCGCCUCCACCAGCGUCUUUCAGUCAUCAGGGUGAUAAUGGCACAACAACAUGUUUAUCUGGGGAUAUAUUACCAAAAGAUCACAGAGUUUUCAAAGCCAUUGGCGCAACAGAAGAAUUAUUGAGUUAUAUUGGUUUAACAAGAGAACAUGCAAUAGACGCCGAACAUGAUUACAUCCACAAAUUAAUGAGGAUUCAAACAGUGCUUAUUGAUGUAAGCACAGCGAUUUCCAGAUGCAAUGGAAAAAUCGACAAAGAAAAAACAACAAUUCCAGCUUUACAUACAAAAGAACUCGAGGAAUGGAUCAAUGAAUAUUCCAAACAACUACCUCCAGUUGAAUUAUACAUUAUUCCAGGCGGUGGGAUAGCAAGCGCGUCUCUACACGUUGCCCGAUCACUUUGCAGACGUACUGAACGCACAGUUGUGCCUCUAGUACGCGAUAACAUGCUUGAUAAAGAAGUCCAAGUAUACCUCAAUCGACUAGCGGAUUUCCUGCUCACAUUAUCACGCAUUGCGUCCAAGUUGGACAAUCGCGCUGAGAGUAUAUACACACCGAAAGGUAACGAACAAUUCCAAGCGCAAUAAUCAAUCCGGACUAUAUUUAACGUAAUGAAUUAUUAUCGAUGGCAUUUAUUCGUCUAAGAGGAGAUUUUAUCAUGUUUCACUAGAGAUUUAUAGGGUUGUAUCUCAUGGCAGCUGAAUAUUUGAGAGUAAAGUGUUAUUUGUUUAGCUCAAAUAAAAAUGUACUGCCAAUAUUAGAUAAACGUGCAAUAUCGGGAUUAA